AUGAAAUUGCUCCCGUAUCUUAUAGCAGUAACCUCACUAUUAUAUGCUAUUUCAGCGGCACCUAUUGACAAAAGAGAAACUUGCUCACCGGGUCUCCUCCCGUCUGCUUUGGGUGUUUGCAGACCGCCACAGCAACAGUCAGACGUUACUAUUAAUGAAGUUUCACCCAAGCAUGCUGACCGUAAAGCUCAAGCUGCCCCUCCUGCAGAAAAGAGAGAGGAAGAAGAUGAAGACGAAGAAGACGACGAGGAAGGGGGUGGGGGUCCAUCCACAGCGUCUGGUAAAGCAACAAGUGGCGGUGCAGGCGGUCAAGGUCGAGCAAAAGGAUCAGGCUCUGAAUCAGGGAACCAAACUCCAGGAGCAGGAUUGACUCCACCCGCUAUACCUAAUGUAGUACCUACGCUUCCUCCGGCUACACUACCUGCCCCUCCUCCUUUAGCAGUUCCAAAUUUACCACCGCCCACUUUACCUACCUUACCAAGCUUAGAUCAAUAUACCAGUGCAGUGACCCUCCCUACCUUACCUAAUCUUCCACCUUUGCCUAAAUUAGGUUGA